AUGACGCGCUUCACCCUGCGGCUGCCCGAGGCGUACAAGAGGGAAACGUUGCUCUUGUUGAAGCUGGCUGGCCCGGUGUUCAUUUCUCAGCUGAUGAGCUUCCUGAUCAGCUUCGUCAGCCUGGUGUUCUGCGGCCAUCUGGGAAAAACAGAGUUGGCCGGUGUGGCCUUAGCAAUAGCAGUAAUAAACGUCACAGGCAUUUCCAUCGGCAGCGGCCUGGCGUCAGCAUGUGACACGCUCAUAUCUCAGACGUACGGCGGCGGCAACCUGAAGCUGGUGGGCGUGAUCCUGCAGAGGGGGAUCCUCAUCCUGCUGCUGUCCUGCUUCCCCUGCUGGGCCGUAAUGCUCAACACGCAGCCCCUCCUGCUGGCCGUCGGCCAGAGUACCGACAUCGCCAGGCUCUCUCAGCUCUACGUCAACAUCUUCAUGCCGGCUUUACCCGCUGCCUUCAUGUACCAGCUGCAGGGGAGGUAUCUUCAGAAUCAGGGCAUCAUGUGGCCUCAGGUGAUAUCCGGAGCCGCCUGCAACGUUUUCAAUGCAAUCAUCAACUACGUCUUCCUGGGAGUGUUGGAGCUGGGGGUGGCUGGAUCGGCUGCCGCUAACGCCAUCUCGCAGUACUCCUUGAUGGUGUUUUUGUUCGUGUACAUGAACGCCAGGGGUCUUCACAAAGCCACGUGGGACGGUUGGUCGCUGGACAGCUUGCGUGAGUGGGGUCCCUUCCUGCGUCUGGCGGUGCCCAGCAUGCUGAUGAUGUGUCUGGAGUGGUGGCUCUACGAGAUCGCCAGCUUCCUGGCGGGUUUGAUCAGCGAGGUGGAGCUGGGAGCCGAGUCCAUCCUGUACCAGCUGGCCGUCAUGGUCUUUAUGUUCCCGACGGGCUUCUCCAUAGCAGCCAGCAUUUGCGUGGGGAACGCUCUUGGAGCCGGGAACACUGAGCGGGCCAAGCUCUGCGGGAAGGUGUCCGUCACCUGUGCGCUGGUGGUCUCGUGCUUCACUGGAGCAUUCCUUGCCAUAUCCCGCAACGUCAUCGCUUACAUUUUCACCACAGACAAGGACAUCGUGGCAAAGGUGGCAAAUGUUUUAAAGAUGUACAGCGUCAGCCACGUGGCUGACUCCUUGGCAGCCGUGAUGGGAGGAAUCGUCCGGGGUGCUGGGAAGCAAAUGGUGGGCGCGGCGUGCAGCUUGGUGGGCUACUACAUGGUGGGCUUCCCCAUCGGAGUGUCACUCAUGUUACCCGUCAACAUGGGCAUCUUCGGACUGUGGGCGGGUUUCCUCGUUUGCGUGGUCCUGCAAGCACUCUUCUACACCGUCUAUUUGUGCAAGCUCAACUGGAAAAAAGCCACGGUGGAGGCGCUGCUCCGCGCUGGAGUCCAUGUUAGACAACAAGACAAGAUAUUUGUCAUAGACAACACAGCAUGUGAACAGCAGAUGAGUACCCCUGCAUCCAAUCCUUUGAGUCCGGAACAAUCCGGGUCGGACGAAAAGGUCCCGCUGUCAAUCCGGCAACUAGUAUUACGCCACGGCCUAGCAGUACUUGUCAUGGUCGCCACGCUCGCCGCCGGAGUGUUUGUCAGCGAGCUGCUGGUCACGCUGCAAUUGGACUGA